GGGCUAAUUUGCUCCGUGUGCGCGCAGCUGGGGGUGCACGUGGUUUCCUUCAGGACGCUUAGGAGGACUUUAGGGAGUUUAGGACUUUGGCGCAGUACAAUGGUCUUUAGGUGAGACGCUUAAAAGCAUGGAAACGGUGAUUUGAAGCCCGUAUACAAGCUGUCUCCGCUCAAAGCCCAGUCACAACACCGUGACGUCGCGCGCUGCAUGAGUAAUAAGUGGCGCCCCUUAACCCAGUGAGCGCGCGGGGCCGGACAGCCAUGGGAGCAGUGCGCGCGCGGUACAGCUCCGGACAGCAGCGGGUACAGUGAGCGCACCAGCCCACAGCGGUCUACACCCACAGCCCGCACCACUUCUGAUUCAGCUUAUCCGUAGCUGUCUGUCUGCAGUCUGGCCCUGUAGCAGUCCAGAGGAGGGAAGGAGAGGAGCAGUAGAGCUGGAGAACGGCUGAGGUGGGCGGGGGGUGCGGUGCGAAGUCCGUGACAAAGGAACAAUGAUGCGGUGGAUAUAAGCAGUCUCCAUGAGUGCUAUGAGCGAAUCUCUGGAUGAACUAGACACUCCAGGCAGCCUCGGCGAGAAAGCGGCCAUAUUUCGGGAAGGGAAGGGGAAUGUGAGUGUGCUCAGCAGCGGCCCUGCCCUUAUCCCGCUACGCUCGCCCUUCCAGCCACCCGGUGCCCUGCACAACAGGAGUACUGCUGCUGCCGCCGCCGCUCUCUUCAGAGGGAAUAGGAAAUGCAGAGAGGGAGAGGAGAUGCAGAUGGAUCUGGUCCCAAGCGCCUUCCCAGACCUCUUACCAUCGGAGUGUUUGUUACCCUGGACCAAAAACAGUGCAACUCAGGUGAUCAAAGUGUACACGGAAGACAACAGCAGUCGGGCUGUGGAGGUCCCGAGUGACAUCACUGCUCGGGAUAUUUGCCAGCUGUUCGUGCUGAAGAACCACUGCAUCGAUGACCACAGCUGGACAUUGUUUGAGCACCUUGCUCAUUUGGGCAUUGAGAGAACUAUAGAAGACCAUGAGUCAGUCCUGGAGGUUCAGUCUAACUGGGGCAUGGACUCAGACAGCCGGCUGUAUUUCAGGAAGAAUUAUGCCAAAUAUGAAUUCUUCAAGAAACCUCUGGUGUGUGAUUUUUUCCCAGAGAACAUGGUGUCUAUAUCGAGUGAAGCCAAUGGCCUCAUGAACCACUCAGAACUUAUCCAGACGUUUCUCAAUUCUAGCACAUGUCCAGAGAUUCAUGGCUUUCUCCACUCAAAAGAGCAAGGCAGGAAGUCAUGGAAGAAGUUCUAUUUUGUGCUGAGAAGGUCUGGGCUGUACUUUUCCAAUAAGGGCACAUCGAAGGAACCCAGGCAUCUGCAGUUUGCUGCAGAGUUUUGUGACGGUGAUGUCUACACUUUGUUAUCAGCCAGAAAAACACACGGAGCUCCCACGGACUACGGAUUCUGCGUGAAACCAAGUAAGUCAAGCUCAGCACGGGACCUCAAACUGCUGUGUGCUGAUGAUGAGCAGACCAGAACCUGCUGGAUCACAGCCAUGCGCCUCUUCAAGUUUGGGAUGCAGCUUUACCAAAACUUCAUCCAGCCUCAUCAGAAGCAGAAAAACUCUCCAAUGAGAAGCAUCUCGGAGAACUCUCUUGUGGCCAUGGAUUUCUCAGGGCACAGGAGCCGCGUGAUCGAGAACCCGUCGGAGGCUCUGUCAGUAGCUGUGGAGGAGGGUCUGUCGUGGAGGAGGAAGAGCUGUCAUCGACUGAGCCACGGAAGCUGUUCCCCCUCUCAAAGCUCUCUUUCCAACAUAGCAAUUCACAUGGCUCAACCGUGGUUCCACAGCAAGCUGUCACGAGAUGAGGCUCAGAAACUGAUCACCCAACAUGGUCUAAUUGAUGGGGUUUUUCUCUUAAGGGACAGCCAAAGCAACCCCAAGACAUUUGUCCUGUCUCUCUGUCACACUCAGAGAAUCCGACACUUUCAGAUUCUACCCGUGGAGGAUGACGGUGAGCUCUUCUACAGUCUGGAUGAUGGAAACACACGCUUCACUGAUCUACUGCAGCUGGUGGAGUUUUACCAGUUGAAUCGAGGCGUGUUACCCUGCAAGCUCAAACACCACUGUGCCCGAACCACCCUGUGAGCCCGGCCCGUCCACAACAGCUUCCCUAUCUCCUCAUGCUCCCACAUCCCAUACAUGCUGGGCCUUUGACCCAACUCCAACAAUGCUGUGAGUCUCCCUUUAUCCCCACCCAGCCACUUUGUGAGCAGCCCCUUUUACCUGAGCCCCAGACACCCACCCAGCCUCACUCUGCUCCAAGCCCAACUGAUCUGUACCCAGACAGCCUCCGAUUCCUGCCUGAAUCCCUCUGUAAAGCCUGCCAUUCGCCUUUGACCCUCUGCUCAUCAUCACACAGCCACACCCAACCACACACACACCCACACACAGGGAAACUCUGGACAAAUCGCCAGCGCAGCUCGUGCCUUGGACAGGAAACUCGGAGGGAAGCCAGCCAGCCUAAGCCACUGACUCUCCUCCUGCCUGGUUUCACUGUUCACCCCCUCUGCCCCUUAUGUGAGCAUUAGGGUCAGUUACUGUACACUGGGGUGCUGGGAGAUCAAACUUUUGUGCAAAGGUAUAAAGGACUUGUUAAGUAAUGUCUAAUGGGUUCAGUGUGUGACAGUUCCAUUUUGAGACUGGGUUUUUACAAGGAUUUGACAUGUUUUUAAGAUGAAGGCAUUGGUUGAGUAUAACUGAAUUCAAAGCUCUCUCUGAGGAUGGGAGGGGGCAACAGUAGCAAACUGUCAAUCGAAGCUCAGUUCAAAUGGCAGACAACCUGUGUGUCCAUUUCAUAUGAACAGAAUUGACAGACAUGGUACAGCCAUAAUCACACGUGCACAAAUAAGCUGAACCUGUUGGUUAUGCCAGCAGGGGGAAAGGAUUUGGAGAAUACAGAUACCUUCCCUCUCUGAGCUUUUGGGUAAAUGUUUUUCUUUUUCUCUUGCUUUUAAUCAUGUGACAGAAUAUUCAGGUAUUUUAUAAAAAAUGUGAUGUGUAGUUUGUUUGAGAGGUGUGUGGCUAGCUGAAGAGACUCUUAACUCUGUGCAUGCUGUAGGCCACAUUGUGUCCAACUGCGAUUGGUUGCAUUAGCAUGAACAAGCAGCCAUGGAUGCACAUGCAGACAUACACACAUUUUUUUUUUCCCUCAGUGUCUGCUGUACCAGAACGUGGAAUGUAUCGAUACACCCGCCAACACACACACACACACACACACACAUGCACACAAUUACAUACACACAAUCAAAAACACAAAGACAUGUUCACCCACCACCCUAGAAUGAUGCUGGAUCACACUUCAAGUGGUUUACAUUCAAGCUCGGACAAAAAGCGUGUUAAAGAAUAAUCAUGUUGCUAUUAUUAGUCGAUGAAAGUUUCAAAAUUGUUGUAUAUUAUAAUUCAUAUUUUAUAGAUACUUUUCAGAAUUCAGGUUAAGUGUUCCACACCUAAAAACGAAAUGUUUUCUAGAUGAGUGAAGAACGCCACUACAAUCAUAGUCUGAACAUAAGCUGUAUCUUCAGGUCUUGAGAUGUAUCAUUUCACUGUUAAACCUUCCCACAAGACAACAGAAGCUGAUAGGGUUUGCAAAUCACAUUUACCUAAUGUUGUACUGUAAGAAAAACAACAAAACAAAAACCUAAAGAGCAAUGUACUUGAUAAGAAACUAAGUAUGCUAUUUUAAUACUGUAAAGAGAAGGUAAAUGCAUUUUAAGUUGAAAGCCAGGAAAAACUUUCAUUUCUUUCUUUUUAAUGAAAAGAGAACCGUGCAUAAAUGUUAUAGAUUGCAAUGUCUCUUUUUUUUUUCUUUUCUUUUUUUUUGUAGAAAAUUUGUUCAUCUGUGUGUACUGCUUGAGUCCUGUUUUGUAACCUUUAGUAUGCAGAAUGAACUGUAAAAUGAUUGUUAUAAAUUGUUUUAUAUCCAUGGAUAAAAAAAUGCAUUUUGAAAGGUUUUGAUUUGCCAUGGUUAUUGCACUGUAGUCGAAAACACUGGUAAACUUUUCAUUUCCAUUGCAGAGGGAUAUCUGUGACUGUUAACGACUUUUGAUAAUGUGUAGAUUUAUUACUGCUGCAAAUUCCUGUGCUUCUGCUCAGAAAUGCUCAGCUCUUUUGAUACAAACCCCAAACAGUGUAGUGUAUGUGAAAUUUCUAUGUCUCCUAUAAAACUGGCUUUGUUCA